CAAAUCGGCGCCACUGUUCCGCUUCCUCUCAACUCGGCCCAUUCACUCAGCCCUUUCACGGCCUACAUUUUUCGAUUUCCUAGGCCUAUUUAGACCUCAAUGGCCGCGCGGGGAGGCCUAGGCGGUGCGGGGUUUACUAAUCUCAAGAUCCAGGUCCCCAAUGACUUACAGGAAGAGGAAGGGGAGGUGAUGGACGAAGAAAUGGAAGAAGGAGAGGCGAGUGAUGAAGAGGUGGAAGUCAAUGUUGUGAUCGAGGCUGCGGUAAAUAAACCCAUUUUGGAGAGGAUACGGCGGCCCGGGGUGGUGAGUGCCCCGCGCCGCCCACCGCCUGACCCUCAAGCCGUCGCCAAACUGUACAGGAGCUUAGGGGUGACCGAGGAAGACUUUGCGGUGGGUCACUAUCGCGGCGACACCCUGCAUGUGUGUGGCGCCGAGGACCUCACCAGCCACGACCUCCUGCGCUACUUCUCCGCCUACACACCCUUAGAAGUCGAAUGGGUUUCCGAGGGCGCCUGCAAUGUGCUCUGGGCAGACAUAGAUGGGCCUAUACAUGCUCUCUUAGGCCUAUCAUGUGCCAUACAGCCUACCACCACCACCACCACCACCCACAGAGGGAAGAAAUCUACUACUACUACUACUACUGCUACUACUGCCACUGCUGUUAGUAAAAGUAAUAAGGUCCCGAAAAAACAACAACAACAACAACAACAACAAGAGAAGAAGAAGAAGAAGAAGAAGAAGAUCAUUGAGAAGAAGAAGAAGAGGAGCAGAAGUGUCUCUAGCAGCAGCAGCAGCAGAUCCUCCUCCUCCUCUUCCUCCUCCUCCUCCUCCUCUUCCUCCUCCUCUUCCUCCUCCUCCUCCUCCUCUUCCUCCUCCAGUGACAGCGAGAGCAGUAGUUCGUCGGAAGGGAAGAAGAAGAAGAAGAUGGAGAUAGAGGAGGGGUCAGUGAGUGCCAGGGAGGUGCCAAUUGCAGUGCCAGGGGGCCGUUGGAGGCUGGGGGUGCCGUGCCCUCAUGCCAAGGCGCUCCUUAUGAGGUUCGCUUCGAGGAACGACAAGAAAACGGUUGUCGAUGUGAAGGGAAACUCCUCAAAAGUGAACGUCAGGCCGGAUUUGCAAGGAAUUGGUCUACUCAGCAAGAACGGCCGUAGAAGGAUGCGAGAGGCCCAGGGGAGGAGGGUGGGCGGCGCAGGGGAUGGCUGGGGGGUCGAGGAAGGGCUGGGGGCCACUAAGAACCCCUGGGGUAGCCUGGCUUUGAACUGGGGAAGGAGAGAAAGCCAAGAAGGUGACAGCUUUAACUACCAAGAUCUUCUCAACCAGCACAGACAGAGAUCGAUUGGAGGGAAGAGGAAGAGGAUUGACAGUGAAGAGGAGGAGGAGGAGGAGGAGGAGGAAGAGGAGGGAGGAGAGGAGGACAGUGAUGAAGUUGUACAAUGGAAGACAAGAAUUAAGACUCCAAGGAUGAAGAUGUACGCAGAUCUCGAACAAAAACGAAGAAAAACAAAAAUAUCGCAGAGUUCGGCCAUUGUCUCUCGGAAGUUGGACAUCAGGGAGCGAUUGGGGGGCCUAGGUGGGCGUGGGGGGCCUGGAGGGGGGGUCAGGGAGAGGCUAGGGGGAGGGGGUAGGCCUAUGAGCAGGAGGCCUAUGGAUUUAAGGGCUAAAUUGUCCAAUCAGAGGAAGAAAGAGAGAAAUGAUAGUUAUUCGAAGAGUAGGUUUGUCGUAUGUCCAGAUGAAGAUUGAGAGAGAGAGAGAGAGAGAGAGAGAGAAUAAGGUUUGCGAUAUUUUUCCUGAGUGUUCAAUUAUUGUUUUAACAGUAAUAUAAAUUUGUGAAUAUUUUAUUAGAAGUAACUUUAAAAAUAUAUUGUGUUCAUUAGAGAGAGAGAGAGAGAGAGAUAUUAAUGCAAAUUUUCAAAAGGUGUUACUCCUAAGGUCAUUCAUUUAUGAUUUUAAAAAAGUUGUUAUUUCACUAUUUUUUAUUAUUAUUAUUAUCUGUGUUUUAUUUUGUCAUUUAUUUUUCAUUUAUUAUCAUCAUUAUUGUUAUUUUUAUUAUUAUUUUCUUCAUCAAUAAAUGUGUAUAAAUAUUAUGUCAUUUAUUUAUGUAUUUAUUAUUAUUAUUAUUUGUAUUUUAUUUCCUCAUUUAUUUUUCAUUAUUAUUAUUGUGAUUUUUAUUAAUAUUAUUUCUAUUAUUUUCUUCACCAAUAAAUGUGUGUAAAUUCUUGAGUUAUUUUUCGUAUUAUCAUUAUUAUUAUUUUUAUUUCCUCAGAUAUUUUUUUUUCAUUAUUAUUAUCAUUAUUAUUGUUGUUAUUCAUUAUCAUCAUCAUCAUUAUUAUUAUUAUUAUUAUUAUUAUUUUCUUCACCAAUAAAUAUGUAAAUUGUAGAGUUAUUAUUUCACUUAUUUUUCAUAUUAUCAUUAUUAUUAUUUUUAUUUCCUCAUUUUUUUCAUUAUUUAUUAUUAUUAUUAUUGUUGUUAUUCAUUAUUUUCUUCAAUAAAUGUGUAUAAAUUGUAGAAUUAUUAUUUCACUUAUUUUUCAUAUUAUCAUUAUUAUUAUUUUUAUUUCCUCAUUUUUUUCAUCAUUAUCAUUAUUAUUAUUGUUAUUCAUUAUCAUCAUCAUUAUUAUUAUUAUUAUUAUUAUUAUUAUUAUUUUCUUCACCAAUAAAUGUGUGUAAAUUGUAAAGAUAGACGUAAUUGUAACAGUUUCAAAAUACAAUAAUACUAUUCUGGGUAA